AUGGCGACGGCGGCCAUCGACACGGCUUACAUUGCCGCGGCCUAUUCGGUCCCUGAGCCCGGCCUACAAACAUUGCUUGAUGCACCUACGGCAGAGCUUGUGCAAGAGCUUCUAGCUAAAAUUGAGGCUAAAGCGCGUGAGUUCGACGAGGUCAAGGCGGAGAAGCUGCGCUCCGAUGUCGAGCUCGAAAAUGCUGUGAGGACUGGAGAUGCUCGCGCCAGAGCUCUCAAGGCCUCUGUGGAUAAGAAUCUGAAGGAGGUCGAGGAAGUGCGCAAGAAGUUGAAUGAGGAGGAGAACGCGCGCGCCUCACUCGAAUCCGAGCUCCAAACCCUCAAGUCCUCAUCGACGACAUCAUCUUCGGAAACCGAUGUGCUCCGGGCGCGUGUCAACACCCUGGAAGCUUCGAACCGCGAGACCGUCGCCCUGUUGGAAGCGAAGGCCACGGCACAUGACAAGCUUGCAGAGGAGCUCUCGGCUCAGCACCAGAAGAUAGUGGCGCUUCGUCGCGAAAUCUCUGAUCUCGAGGACAAAAACCAAGCAGCGCAGAAUGCCGCUACGACUACCAAAUUCCGCCAGCAAGCUUUGCAGCAGGAAAUCGAUCUUUUGAAGAAGAACAACGAGUGGUAUGAGUCGGAACUGCAAACCAAGAAUACGGAAUACUCGAAGUAUCGGAAGGAAAAGAGCGCUAGGAUCUCGGAGCUCCAGCGCUUGUACGAUGACGCGAACGACACGAUCGAAUCGAUGCGCCGUACCGAGGCCACCCUCCGCAGCCGUGUUGACGAAAUUAACCAGAAAGCCGAAGACUCACUCGAGAAGAUCCAACAGCUACAGGAAGCCGCAUCUAGGGCUGAGGAAUCCUUCCGCAUUGAGCUUGACAGCUCUCGUCGCUUGGCAGACCUACAAAAACAGAGUGCAGAUACCUCUCGGGCACGCCUGCAGGAGGUCCAAGGGUCUCUGGAUAAGAUCAAGGAAGAUGCAGCGGAGGAACUAGGUCAGAUGCAGGCUGAGGUCGAAACGGAGCGCUCUGAGAAAGAGAUGGCAUUGCGGAAAGUCGAAGAGCUGGAAGUUCAACUUGAGAAACUGGAAUCAGACCUUGCAUCUCGCCAGCAAAACACGGUCGCCAUCACCGGAACUCCUAGACGUGCUGUCAAUGGUCUUGGAGGAACCGCCACUCCUGGGCGCUCAGGAUCGCCUACUUUUGGCACACCUGGCUACGCUUCCCCGUCACGCGUGAAGGGUGGCCUCACCUUCACUCAGUUGUACGCAGAGCAUUCCCAGAUAAAAUCCGAUCUUGACGCAGAACGUCGUCGUAAUGCCAAGUUGAGCAGCACGAUCGAUGAAAUGAUUCAGGAUUUGGAGGCCAAGCAGCCUGAGAUCGAGGAGUUGCGGGCUGGACACCAGAAGCUCGAGCACAACGUCCUUGAAAUUUCAGAGCUUCUUGAAGAAGCGAACAGGGAUCGGGACGCUGCCAGAAAAGAAGCGAGGAAGUGGACCGGCCAAGUUGAUGGACUUCAGCGUGAGGGAGAUGUUCUGCGACAACAGCUCCAGGACCUCAGUAACCAGGUGAAGGCCCUCUUGUUCGAAGUUACUGUACGCGACCAAGGCCUCGAAGCUCUCAACGCCGCCGACCAAGCGGAGUUUGAGAAGAUUGUUCGCGGCGAGAUGGAGGUGGAAGAUGGAGUUACUGAUACCAGCCGCUUCAUCAGUCAGCGUCUUGUCAUUUUCCGCAAUGUCGAGGAGUUGCAAGAGCAAAACAAUAAACUUCUACGUGUCACCCGAGAGCUUGGAGAGAAGAUGGAGGGCGAAGAAGCAAGAGCUAAGCAGAACCAGGCAGAGAGGGAUCGUGAAGAGUUGGAGGACCUGAGAAGGAAAGCGGACCGUUAUGAGGAUGAGCUCAAGUCUUUGAACACUGUUGCCGAGAGCUACCAACGUGAGAGGGACAUGUUCCGUCGCAUGCUCACACACCGUGGCCAAAUUCCUCCUGGAUCGGACCUCGCUUCCAUGUUUGGUGAGUCUGUGGGACCAUCCACCCCACCUCCUGGUGGUUUCUCUCAAAGUUUCGGUCCCGGUGCUUCGCCACACGCAAAGGACCUCGCCGAUUACGCCAAGCUUCUCAAGGAACUACAAAGCCAUUUCGAUGCCUUCCGCAAGGAAUCGACCACGGAUCACUCUAUGCUUAAAGAACAAGCCGAUCGUCUGGCGAAGGAGAAGAGCGACCUCCAUAUGGAGAUCAAUCGUGCCAGCUCCCAGCUCACGCUGGCACAGGAGAGAUACGAGCUCCUGCAAGUCAACUUCAAUCAACUGCGCUCGGAAAACGCGGAACUACAAAAGAGAGGCCAGGCUUUGGCUGAAACUUCCGCGAAGCAAGAUCUCAAGACCGCCCAGGUUGCGGAAGAGCUUUACGAGGCAAAGGCCCAGGCUGACGGGCUACGUCAUGAAGCUGCAAACCUCAAGGCCGAAAAGGAGUUGUGGAAGAACAUUGAGACGCGACUGACAGAAGAUAACCGUGCUCUCGGUGAUGAGCGCACACGACUCAACAAAAUGAUCGCAGAUCUCCAGAAUUUACAGAAUGAGCGGGAGCUUGCCGAUUCUGAGAACCGUCGCCGCCUUCAAACCCGCAUUGAUUCUUUGGAGUCCGAAUUGCAGACAGCCAAGAGGAAGCUUGACGAUGAGGUUGAGGAGGGCAAGCGAGCUGCUCUCCGCCGCGAAUAUGAAGCCGAGCAGAGCCGGACGAGGAUUGAUGACCUGGUGAAGAGCUUGGGCAAUACUAGGGAAGACUUGGUUGCUGCUAAGACACAACGCGACCAAUUGCAAGCCAGAGUGGAUGAGCUCCGCAUCGAGCUUCGCAACGCAGAAGAGAAGGCGAUGGCCUUGGCGCCUCGUCCAACACCCCGUCGUGAGAGCAUUGUCCAGAACGGCGAGGCCGACUCAAAUGACCUCAGUCACGAACAAGAGCUGGCUGUUGAGGUUGCUGACCUUAAGCGUGACCUCGAAAUUGCCCGCAAUGAACUGGAGGCUGCCAAGACGCAUGUUGAGCAGUACAAAUCCAUUGCCCAGGCUUCUGAGGAGGAGCUCCAGAGCAUCAACGAGACUCACGAUCAAUACCGCGAGGAAAUGGAUAAUAUCAUGGCUGAGAAGGAUGCUAAGAUCCGCGACCUGGAGCAGCGCGUCGAGGAGAUUUCCUCGGAGCUUGCAACUACCAACACCGAGUUGUCCAACCUUCGCACUGGCCACGAGGAGAAGAUGGCUCGGUUCAACGAACAAAAGUCCAUUCUGGAAUCCGAGGUCACCCGUCUUAAGGAUGAGAGUGAGCGCUACCAAGAUACCGCCAAGCUCUGCCAGGAGGACCUUAAGGCUCAAGCGGCAAUCGCUCAGCAAGCUCAGCAAAGUUACGAGACCGAGCUUGUUAAGCAUGCCGAGGCUGCACAGAACCUCCAGAAAGUCCGUGCCGAGCACAACCAGCUUAAAACAGAAGUCGCCGAGAUCAAGGCGGAGGCACAGGCAGCGAAGACGGCUUUGGAGUCGAGCGAGGACAGCUGGAAUGAGACCCGUAGCCGCUACGAACGCGAACUUUCGGACCUCAAGAUCCGCCGAGACGAGGUGAACGACCAGAACAAGAGGCUUCAUCAGCAGCUCGAGUCAGUCAGUGCUCAGAUCUCUGCUCUCAAGCAGAGCCGCGCUUCUCUUGGUACAGAACCAGCUGAGCCUGGUUCCACCCCUCCUCCCGAGACCGAGAAUCUACAAGAGGUCAUCCGCUAUCUCCGCCGCGAGAAAGAGAUUGUCGAGGUCCAAUACGAACUACAGAUUCAAGAAUCCAAACGCUACAAGCAGCAGCUUGACCACGCCCAGACUCAACUCGACCAAACUCGCGAGAGGCUCAACCAGGAACGUCAAAACCAGAUCGAGAACCAGCAAAGCAACGUUACUCACACGAAGCUUAUGGAGACGAUCAACGAGCUUAACCUCUUCCGUGAGAGCAGUGUCACUCUGCGCAACGAGGCUCGCUCAGCCCAGGCUCAGCUUGCUGAUAAGAUCAAGGAGGUUGAGAGCCUCAUGGCCCAAAUCGAGCCUUUGCAGGCCUCCGUUCGCGAAUACGAGAACCAAGUCGAGACCAAAUCAGGCGAGCUCCAGCAACUCAAAGAAGACCGCGAUCGCUGGCAACAACGGACACAGAAUAUUCUGCAGAAGUACGACCGUGUGGAUCCAGAGGAGCUCGCAGAGCUCAAGAAUAAGAUCGAAACCCUGGAAACUGAGCGUGACCAGCUCCUUACUGAGAAAGAACCGAUGCAGGCCGAGAUUGAUGGUUUCGAGGAGAAGAUCGCUACUGUUAAAACUGAGACGAUUACAGAGCGUGACCAAUGGCACGAAGAGCGCCGCCUGCGCCUCAUCGAUCAGUUCAAGGGUCGCUCACGUGAACUGUCUGCCAAAAUCAAGGAGGUGAACCAAGAGAAGGAAGUUGCCAUCCAAGCGAAGGAGCAGCUUGAGCAGGAGCUGGCUUCAGUGAGGGACGAGCUGGUGAAAGCCAAGGCGACUCACGAGGAAGCCCUUGCAAAUGCCAAACCUGCUCAAGCUGACACACAGAUGCAAGAAACUCCGGAGGAGGGAGAAGCUCAGGAAGAUGAAGAGUCUGGUGUGCCAAGCCCCGAGGUGGCUCUACUAGAAGCUCGCGCUCAGGCUGCCGAAUCCAAGGCUGCCGAAGAAUCUGCAAGGGCAACUGACCUUCAGAGUCAAGUUGACAUGUUGCAAAGCCGGAUGCAAGAUCUUGAGGCCCAGAUCUCCGAUGCCCAGCAACGUCUUGACGCAUCCACUGCUGAGCUGAACCAACUCAAGGAGACUCAACCUGCCCAACCCGCCCAGACUGCGCCAGUCGAGACUGCACCAGUCGAGGCUGCAUCCGUCGAAUCCGCACCGGCUGAGAAUUCCGAGGCUGCUCAGCCCCCUGCUGCGGAUGCCGAAACAUUGGAGACCCUCGAGAAGCUUAAGGCUGAGCUUGCCACUGCUCAGCAGGAGGUGGAGGCUCUCCGUGCCAACGCGACCUCCAACCCAGCCCCUCCCACGAUUGGAGAUGCUCCUGAAGGCUCUGUCUCUUCUGAGCAGAUGGCCGAAGAGAUUGCAAAGGUCAAGGCCGAAGCGGAGGAGAAGGUUCAGGCCGCACAAAACAAAUUCCAGCAGCGUGCAGACCAGAUGAAAGCGACUCUCUCUAAGAAGCUCACCGAGGGCAAGCAAGCCCUUAGGCAAGAGAACGAGGAGGCCAUGGAGAAACUCAAAGCUGAGCAUGGGCAGGCCAUGCAGCAGCUCAAGGAGGAACACGAAGCCGAGAUCAAACGCAUCAAGGCUGAACAUCAGCAGGAGCUCGAGCGUGUCAAGGGUGCUGCGCCAGCAGAACAAUCUGCACCGCCCACAAGCGUUGUGCCUGCGGAUGGCGCUGCUGAGGCUGCAUCUGCGCCCGCAGGCCCUGAAGUUAAGUCCGAGCCGUCCAAAUUUGCUGACCUCACCGACCAAGAGGUCAAGGACCUGGUCAGCAACAACAAUACCAUCAAAACCAUCAUCAUGCGAAACGUCAAGACGAAACUGUCUACGGAGUUGGAGGCUAAGUCGAAGGAGCUGUCGGAGAAGCACCAAAAGGAGCAGGAAGAGCUCCAGAAAAAAGCAGAUGGCGCCAUUGCAAUGGCAGAAAAGCGCGUUGCUCUGAAGUUGAACAUGGCGCAGAACAGGGAGCGCAAUCAGACUGCGAAGAUCGAAGUAGUCCAAAAGGCGGCUGAGGAGACACCCCAGCGUCCUGUAGGAGAGGUCUGGGCUGUGGCCAAGGACGCCAAACCCGCUCCUCCUCCUGCUGCUCCUCCUGCUGCUCCCACGGCUGCUCCCACGGCUGCUCCCACGGCUGCUCCCACAGCUGCUCCCACGGCUGCUGCUGCUGCUGCAACUCCCGUCCAACAACAGGCGCAACCGCCUGCACCAGCACCCCAAGUCCAACAACAACAGGCCGGCAGUUUCGGCCAGCCUACGCAGCAACUACCUACAGGGCUGCCUCGUCCCCCUCCAGUCCACCAAUUCCAAGGCCAACAGGGCCAGCCGGCCAUGAACCCAUUCCCCCAAAACAACACGGGAAUCCCUCGUCCCGGGAGCGCGAUGGCUCAGAACAACCAAUUCCGCCCGAACUCGCCCUUCCAGCAGCAGCUGAUGCAAGGCAACCAGGUGCAGUUCCACCCGCAGCCUCAGAUGCAGCAGCCGACCGGCAUCGCGGCCCCGCCAGUCAACCCUCUGCACAACAGACCCGCACCACAGCAGCAGGGCCAACCCAACGCCGGCACCGGCCCGGCCGCUCUUCGCGGCCUGCAAGGCGGCACGGGCAUCCCGCGUGGCGGCGGCAUCCCCAGACCCGGUCGCGGUGGCGGACAACAGGCGGGCGCCGCUCAGCAAGGCGGCCAGCAGGGCCAUGCUCAACAGCAGAGCAACCUACCCACGCGCGGAGGCGGAGGCGGGGGCGGUCGCGGACGCGGACGCGGCGGUGCCCAGCAGCAAGGCGGGCAAGAGGGAGGCGGACCCGGCGGCGCGGGCAGAGGCGGUGCGAUGAAUGCGUCUGCGAAGCAGUUCGUACCGAACAAGCGGCCGAGGGAGGAUGGUGCCGAGGGUGGUGGUGGCCAAGAUGGUGGUGGGCCCAAGAGAGCGCGAGGAGGCGGUAAUGUCGGGAGUUGA